CCGGACUGCUGCGCCGGGCCCGCCGCGGCCAGCCGGACCCUCCAUCUGACCGCAGUUGGGGCACGGAACUGAUUCUGGGACCAGCCCCGCGGAGUGGCAGCCUGCCUCCAGCACCCCGUGGGGGUGGGGAGCACUAGCCCCUGGCCUGACUCGCUGCUGAGUUUCCCGAGGUUUCUGGCCCCAGCCUUUGGAACUGUGUGUGAGAGGGGGCCCUAUCCACCUUCGCCGAGGAGUUCCUGCUUUAUUCUCGCACCAUCUCGGCUGCUUUUGCUUGGAGUCCCUCUAUUUGCAGGCGCGCAUCUCUCUCUCUUCUCUCUCUCUCUCUCUCUCUCUCUCUCUCUCUCUCUCUCGAUAUUUUCCGUUUUACUCUCAUUCGGUCUUUUUCUCAUUUUGCUUGCCUAAGACUGCCUCCGUCUUUGCCCAAGCUAGGGUAAAUCCUGUGUGCGUUUUUCCACACUCGCAACUGAAUAUUUUCUUCCUUUAAAAAAAAAUUCUGCCCCUGGCUCCUGCAGGGCUCUCUAGCACUACACCCUUAUCCCGCCGCCAACCCCUACCACUGGACCACUCCCAGCGGAGUUUUAAUUUUCGGUCUUGCCCGGGGCCGAGCCUGGCCUAGGCGGGUGGCUCAGCUGGGCUCGCACUCAGCGCUCGGCCGCCGCCGCCCAGCUGCGCGGGGGCGCCCUCCGGAGAUGCUGCCGUGGAAGAAACACAAGUUCGAGCUGCUAGCCGAGGCGCCGCCAAGGCAGGCGUCCAAGCCCAAGGGCUACGCGGUGAGCCUGCACUACUCGGCUCUCAGCUCGUUGGCGCGGGCGUGCCCCGAAGGCGCGCUCAGCCGGGUGGGCAGCAUGUUCCGCUCCAAGCGCAAGAAGCUGCACAUCACCAGCGAGGACCCCACUUACACCGUGCUCUACCUGGGCAAUGCCACCACCAUCCAGGCGCGCGGCGACGGCUGCACCGACCUCGCGGUGGGCAAGAUCUGGAGCAAGAGCGAGGCGGGCCGUCAGGGCACCAAGAUGAAGCUGACUGUGAGUGCGCAGGGUAUCCGCAUGGUGCACGCCGAAGAGCGCGCGUUGCGCCGCCCGGGCCACCUCUACCUGCUGCACCGCGUUACCUACUGCGUGGCGGACGCGCGGCUGCCCAAGGUCUUCGCCUGGGUGUACCGGCACGAGCUCAAGCACAAGGCUGUAAUGCUGCGCUGUCACGCGGUGCUGGUGUCCAAGCCCGAGAAGGCGCAGGCCAUGGCCCUGCUGCUCUACCAAACGUCGGCCAACGCACUGGCGGAAUUUAAACGGCUCAAGCGGCGGGACGACGCGCGUCACCAGCAGCAGGAGCUGGUGGGCGCGCACACCAUCCCGCUGGUGCCGCUGCGCAAGCUGCUCCUGCACGGACCUUGCUGCUACAAGCCGCCGGUGGAGCGCAGCCCCAGCGCGCCCAAACUCGGCUCCAUCACUGAGGACCUGGUCGGUGAACAGCAGGAGGAGGAGCUGCAGGAAGAAGAGGAAGAGGAGCACACGGAGAGCUGCCUGGAGGAGGAGGAGGAGGAAGAGGAUCGUGCCAGGGAGAAGGAGCCCGAACUGUCGCAGCUUAUUAACGGCCCUGGGGGGAGCUCAGCUUCCGGCAACGACGUGCGAAGCCUGCAGGCCGACUUGCGGGUGACGCGCCUGCUGUCUGGUGAGAGCACCGGCAGCGAGAGCUCCAUAGAAGGCGGCGGCCCAGAUGCCACCUCUGCCACCGCCGGGGACCAGUCUGGCCCUACGGACCGCGCCAGCCCAGACGAGCCGCGCUCGGGCUGAGCUCCCCGCAACCUUCUGCGCGCGCCCUGCCGCCCCACCGUGACUCCCUAACAGCCUCCUCGACGGCUCCCUGACCUAGCCCUGACCCCGCUUGCUCCCAGGAAAGGGAAAAUGGGACACUUAAGGCCCAGAGUUCCUGCUUCUCUCCCUGAACACAUUUGGUUCUGUGUUAAGUGGAGCUCAGGUUGCCUACGGAGAUGUGGCUGGAUGUGUGGGGAUGGGGUGGGGAAACCCUACCAGGAAGGAGAGAGGCAGCCCCUUGGGGUCAGGGGUGAGGGAAAUGCCCGCUGAAGUUAGCAAAAGUCCUGCAGGCGUCAGGUGCCCGCCGGCCAGCUUCCUGUUUGUGGGGCAGUUGGGGCCCCUGGAGGAGGGGUUAACUUCCUCCCCACCCCUCACCCGGGAGCAGCCUAGCAUUGUCAUUGGCAUAUCAUUGAAAAGAAAAAGGAAUUUACUCUCACAAUGUUUGAGGCUGUUUUUGUGCCGCCUCUUUGCCUCCAGUCUUUUGGUGUGAGAGCUUGGGUUGUUUACCUCAGACUAAGACCCUUGAAAUUCUGCCAAAUUCCUCAAAUAUUUGUUUGGGGAGGGGGAGGGGGGAAGAGAGGAAAAGGAAAGAAAGUUGCAUUUUGUUUACAGUUAAAGACAUCUAAUAUCUAAAAAAGGAGUUUUCCUUUAGAAACACACACACCUUCAUCCUGCUCAAAAGAUCUCACUCCAUGAUACUGUGUAAAAUAUUUUUGCACUGUUGUGAAGUAUUUUUGACAUCUUUUUUUGUACAUAACUGUUCUCAGAGCUGGAUGUUUAUAUCUUUUGCUGUGCAAAAGGGACAUGUAAAAUGUUGUUCAGUUGUAUAUACCGAAAUGUGUAUAAAACAUUUUGUUAUUUUUGAAGAGUAGCACUGCUCUGGUUCUGUUUGCCCGCCAGUGGGAAGAGAAUAAAGAGGAAAAUUGAACAGAACAGGUGAGCGUCUGGAACUGCUGCUGAGAAUGCUUGGGGGGAGGAGGGAGGAGAGGGUGUGUCCAUCAACAGGAUGGUGUGGUCAGACAGUGUUUGGCCUCUGCCUUGCUUGAAGGUGAAUAGGGGAGGGAAACCCGCUUUAUAGGAAGCCUGGGGCCUCUCUGGCCCUUUGCCACUCUGGGUACUGCUGCUGGGGACAGCCUUCUCAAGUAUUUCCAUCUUCUUCAUUAAUUAACUUCUGCGAGUGUGGGUUUUCUCUGGUCUCUGAGUUCAUUCUUGGAGAUUCAGCGUGAGUUCUGUUCCUCACUCUCAGGAGUGACUUCCGACAUCUUGUGAGGUUUUAUGAGGUUCGUGCUAAUGAUCAAGUGUAAGAAUACGAUAUAAUCUUUUCCUUUACAAGCAGCUCAGGGAGUUUUAAAGAUGAACUAGAGACCCAAAGGAGAUUUCUGAGAAGUGGGAGAACCUUUUUUAUUUUUUUUUUCUGGGAGGAAAAGCAAGGAUAGAGGAGAGUUGUUAAGUUCUGAGGAUGGCAUGAGUGAGUAGAGAUACAGGUGGGGUGGGUGGGGAGGCAGGUGGAAGACCCUUCAACAACCUAGCAUGGCCCAGUGGGGGAAUGGUGUGGAGGUCAAGGCAGAGAAGAGCUGUUAGCGUUUGGGGUGUGUGUGUGUGUGUGUGUGUGUGUGUGUGUGUGUGUGUGUGUUUUAGGGCUUUCAUGCUUUCUGUUUGUUUCUGUUGUAAAUUCCAAACAGAUGUCUCUAAUUUGGCUACACCCGGGUCAGCUAGAAGUUGUAAUAAGAUGCUGCCAAAGCUGUGCCUUCUGCAAAUUGUUUUUUCCCUUUGCCCCUUUGGGCCCCUUUGGUAUUGCAGAAAUGGAUUGCACUCCUGGCUUUCCCUGGUGUCCUGAGGCCCCUUUGCUUUGUUUUCAUCAUAAACAUGUUCUGAGCAACUAGACCCAGAGAUUUUAAGGAGUCUAGGAUUCACUGGAACCAUAGAGGAAUGGAGGACGAAAGAUUUUUCUUUCUAAUUAACGGGAGUGGUUCAGGCAUAAGACUAUCUUUAGAAAAGCAAAGCAAAACAAAGGGUGGGUGGGAAAUAAUAGUAAAGUAUUCAGAGUCAUUUCUUUCUUUUUUAAAAAAAAUAUAUUUUUAUUGAAUUUUUACAGAGAAGAAAGGAGAGGGAUAGAGAGUUAGAAACAUCGAUGAGAGAGAAACAUCGAUCAGCUGCCUCCUGCACGCUCCCUACUGGGGAUGUGCCCGCAACCAAGGUACAUGCCCUUGACCGGAAUCGAACCUGGGACCUUUGAGUCCGCAGGCCGACACUCUAGUCACCGAGCCAAACCGGCUAGGGCCAGAGUCAUUUCUUAAGGGCAUUAAGACAAGGUCCAGGCCUUCGAACCUAUCACCAGGUUUUGGUUUGGUUGAGAGUCCCUGUCCCUCUCCUUGAAUACCUCAGAUACACAUCAUUGAAUGACAUUUUAAAACCCCCAGCUAGAGAGAGGUCAGGAAAGUCAAAUGCCACCCUACCUAGGCACCCACAUCGUGUGCCCUCCACUCUGUUCUCACUUGACCAGCAGACAGCUGUGUGGGCCAUCACUCUCUUGCAUGACUAGAUUUCACAUUUCCAAUUAUCUCCACACGUUGCCAAGUUCCUUUGCUGUUUAAAAUUGAUGAGAACAUUAAAGAGGGUGGGGAUCAUAUGGAUAAUACUUGGAGGUGGGGCAGGGUCUGCAUGUCUUCAUUUUAACCAAUUUAUGUGUCCAGUGAGAAUGCUAAGGUUGGCUUUCAUCUGUGACUGAUGGGGGUAUGGUGAUUGGUCAAAAGUUCAGACAAAUGACAUUUAAACCAACACCAUCAAUAAAUAUAAGGCAACUGUC